AUGUACUCAUUCUCCAAUAUCAGGCACAGGCCGUCUGACACGUCGGCUAUCACUACGCUGGGACUGCUGACGGCUAAGCCUGUGUUGUAUGUGGGCAAUGUAGACCUAGACCAAGUCAAUGCACUGGCGGAGGGUGGCAAUGUACCCGAGGUACAAGCACUGCUUAAGCAUGCCGAGGCCAAUGGAGCGGGAAUGGUCACCGUGUGUGCUACCAACGAGGCGGAUCUCACAGAGAUAGAGAAUGAGGACGAACGCAUGGAGAUGCUGGAGAUGAUGGGCGGCACUGAAGCCAGCCGUGGCGUGGCACUGGUAGGCAGAGCGAUGUACCAACUCUUAGGGCUGCAAUCCUUCUACACCGCCGGUGAGAUGGAGGUGCGUGCAUGGCCCAUCCGCAGCGGCACACUCGCACCCAACGCCGCUGGCGUGAUCCACUCGGACUUUGUGCAGUGCUUUAUCCGCGCGGAAUGCUACAGCGUGCAAGAUCUGGACGAGCACAAGAGUGUGGCGGCGCUGAAAAGCGCGGGGAAACUCCGAGCCGAGGGAAAAACUUAUGAGGUGCGACCUGACGAUGUCAUAAACUUCCUGUGUGGCAAGUAGCUGCAUGAUGGAUAACAGGGCACCACAACUAGUGUAGGGUUUUAAGGGGGUUUUUUUAAUCGGUUUCUCAAGUUUGUCGACUGUAGUGUAAUCGACUUAAAUGCCCAUCACGAGGGGAAGGAUUAGUAACCAAAGUGCAAGGUACGUACGCACGUAUAGUUUCAGGUAGUCAUACUUGUUCACAGUGACUACCGCUACCGAUGAGGUGUGAAAACCAGUAUAAGAGCGGAAAAUCUCGAUUGCUGAAAAGAGUACCCAUCCUUGGGUUAGUUCCAAGCUUAUUCCGAUGUACUUGAGCGAUCAUAGCUGCACUUUACUAUUGCGAAUCACUACGCUGCCGAUAUGUGUCCCAAGCAGAUAUUCAAACAUGUUUGUAGAGUCUGCCUAUGUUUCCACUAGUAGCAUGGUUAGUUGUGGGGCCAUCUUCAAAUUUGCGAUGAAUCGUACUAUCCCUUGUCGAUAUGCCGGAGAUUUCGGGAAAGUAAAAUAGGUAAAAUGGAGUAAAUAUGAGUACUAGACACCAGUACAUGUACUUCACUACACAUUAAUGUUCAGGGGUAGCCCAUCGAUGUUCCUAUAGGCAUAUCGACCCAAGCAAUCAGAUGUUAUUCAUAAAUGGACCAAAGCACUGAUCUAUACGCUUGUUCGUUAUAUAUAUGGGAAGAGGAGGAUUGGGAACGUUGACGAAGCCCUCACGACUGGGAAUAAAAAAAUGGAAAUCGCAUUACAUGAUAAAGACUUUAUACACUAGCAAUAUUAUUGUACAUGCUACCAACGUAGCUACACAGGCAUGAGGUGGCAUUUAGUUUUUAUGGAUCAUUCGAACUUGUCACUUGAUUGAAAUAAACCUUGACUACCAACAGUAGUCUUGAAAGCAUC